GGGGCUACCAGGCGCUGCUACUUGGGCUGCAACUCCUGGCCGGCCUUCCUGCUGCACGGCGCGCGGGCGGAGGCACGGCUUGGCGGGAAGGCGAGAAGAGCGUGCGGAGCCUCCGGUGCUGGCGGCGGCAACGAGUGGGAGCCCGGGUCCGGCCGCAGCACGCGGAACUGAGCUGAAGGUGGCGGGGCCCGGCGGAGCCGCGAUGAAGCCGAGCAGCGAGGAGGAGGAGGAGGAGGCGGUCCGGGGCGUGGGCCCCUGGGACGAGUGCUUCGAAGUGGCGGUGCAGUUGGCGCUGCGAGCGGGACAGAUCAUCAGAAAAGCCCUCACUGAGGAAAAGCAGGUCUCGACAAAAACCUCCGCGGCAGACCUUGUGACGGAGACAGAUCACCGUGUAGAAGACUUAAUAGUUUCCGAGUUGCGAAAGCGGUUUCCUUCACACAGGUUCAUAGCAGAAGAGGCCACAGCCUCAGGGGCCAAGUGUGUGCUCACCCACAGCCCAACCUGGAUCAUCGACCCCAUCGACGGCACCUGCAACUUCGUCCACAGAUUCCCAACUGUGGCAGUCAGCAUCGGAUUUGCUGUUCACCAGGAGCUGGAAUUCGGAGUGAUUCACCACUGCACAGAGGAACGGCUGUACACCGGCAGGCGGGGCCAGGGCGCCUUUUGCAAUGGCCAGCGGCUCCAGGUCUCCAGGGAGACAGAUCUCGCAAAGGCCUUGGUUCUGACAGAAAUUGGGCCCAAACGUGACCCCGAUACUCUGAAAGUUUUCCUGAGCAACAUGGAGCGGCUGCUGCACGCCAAGGCUCAUGGGGUCCGAGUGAUUGGAAGCUCCACCUUGGCACUCUGUUACCUGGCCUCAGGCGCCGCCGAUGCCUAUUACCAGUUUGGCCUUCACUGCUGGGACCUGGCAGCUGCCACAGUCAUCAUUAGAGAAGCAGGUGGCAUUGUGAUCGACACCUCAGGAGGACCCCUUGACCUCAUGUCCUGUAGAGUCGUGGCUGCUGGCACCAGAGAGAUGGCCGCGCUCAUCGCCCAGGCCUUACAAACGAUUAACUACGGACGGGACGAUGAGAAGUGAGCCGCCCGCAGGAUGACACCCAGCAGCUCCCUGGGAAAGAGCUGUCCCGGGGGCGAGGGCUCCAUGACGAAAGUCUGCCGGAGCUCUCGCUGGGACUCGGUGCUUAGCUGGUUUCUCUCUAAUCUCACGUAGCCUUUUCCAGGCCGGUACAUGUUCUUUCACGAGAGCCAAACCCAAAUCUCUUGUGAGGUGUGUAUUAGUCAUUCAGUCUUGAUUGUUUUUCCAGAAUGUAAAUCUCAGGUAAUAAAGCUUUAGAACUUGC